GAAGAAGAAGAAGAAGAAGAAAAACAAGAGCAAGAACGCUGUACUCGAUAGAUUGACUGGCAAUGCCUGCUAUUUUAUUUCCCGCGAAACAGACAGGUCGUUACGCCCGAGACACCGGAGAAAGACAAUAAACUACAGUGAAACAGCUAACUGACUUCCUACCGCAAUGGGAAUACACGGACUUGCCAAGCUGAUUGCUGACCAGUCCCCAGGUGCCAUUAAAGAACAAGACAUCAAGAACUACUUUGGCAGAAAAAUUGCUAUAGAUGCCUCCAUGUGCAUCUAUCAGUUCCUGAUUGCUGUGCGACAGGAUGGCAAUGUUCUGCAGAAUGAAGAUGGAGAGACAACAAGUCACCUGAUGGGAAUGUUUUACCGGACAAUCCGCAUGCUGGAACACGGCAUCAAACCUGUCUAUGUGUUUGAUGGCAAGCCACCACAGCUCAAGUCUGCAGAGCUGGAGAAGAGAGGGGAGAGGAGGGCAGAAGCUGAGAAGAUGCUUGCUCAAGCUCAGGAACUGGGGGAACAAGAGAAUAUUGACAAAUUCACCAAGCGUCUGGUAAAAGUCACCAAGCAGCAUAAUGAUGAGUGCAAGAACCUGCUGACCUUGAUGGGAGUGCCUUACAUUGAGGCUCCGUGUGAGGCAGAGGCCAGCUGUGCCGCUCUGGUUAAAGCAGGGAAGGUCUUUGCCACGGCAACAGAGGAUAUGGAUGGGCUGACCUUUGGUACAAAUGUCCUGCUCAGACACCUCACUGCAAGUGAAGCAAAGAAACUUCCUAUCCAAGAGUUCCACUUCAGUCUUAUCCUGCAAGACAUUGGCCUGAACCAUGAACAGUUCAUAGACUUGUGUAUUCUGCUGGGCUGUGACUACUGUGGCACCAUCAAAGGGAUCGGCCCCAAAAGAGCCAUCGACCUGAUCAGACAGCACGGCUGCAUCGAGAAGAUCCUCGAAAACAUUGACCCCAGCAAGCACCCUGCUCCUGAGGACUGGCUGUACAAAGAGGCCAGGGGUUUGUUUUUGAAGCCGGAAGUGGUGGAUUGUUCCUCAGUGGAACUGAAAUGGAGUGAGCCAGAUGAGGAAGGCCUGAUCCAAUUUAUGUGUAAUGAGAAACAGUUCAGUGAGGACAGGAUUCGUAAUGGCUAUAAGAAGAUUGUAAAGAGUCGAAAGGGCAGCACGCAAGGACGACUGGACUCUUUCUUCUCUGUCACUGGAUCUCUGUCCUCCAAACGCAAGGAACCGGAGAUAAAAGGAUCGGCAAAGAAAAAGCAGAAGGCUGCAGCUACAACGAGCAAAUUUAGAAAGGGCAAAUAGACUCAACAUAGGGAUCCAUGAUCAAUUUGAGAAUAAUUAUUGUAAUGAAUUGCAGCUACUAAAAAAAUAAAAUAAAAUCACAGAACUUGAAUUUAGGCAGUAGGAAGGUGCAACUCAGUAGGUUGUGUGUUCGGAUUAGUUCAGCU